CAAUUAUACUAUUAUGCAUAAGUGCAACUUUCAGACUAAUCGGAUGAGCUAGUUCAAAACAAAAAGUUUUCUGCACUAAAACAUAACAAAGACGUUUGGUAAUCAUUGUUUCACUGUUGGGCAUUUGAAAUAGGGUUCGGACUGGUCAUAACAAGAAUCAUUACAAGAAUGAUAAAGGCUAUGGAGGACACAGAUAGCGACUACGACCUUAACUACAUGGUCUUUGAAGAAGACGCGUAUGACCUGAGAGAGUUCGUGAAGCGGUUUUCUUUGCCGCAGAUUGUUCGCGUUUUGGACGGUUUUCUCGACCUUAACGAAGAGAACACUCUAUCAAUGGACCAGGUACUAACCUUACACUCAGCACAAACCACUCGCGUGCUUAGAAUGACGGAUAGCUCAGGACUACAACUCGAGGUCCCGACGACUUUAAACUUAAUGGUUGAUGUGGUUUCAAAACGGGCUAAAGUCUACACGGCUAGAGAGCUAAACGAAGCAGCUCCAGUAUUCGUGCGUCCUUUAAAAGAAGACAAGCGAAUAGGGAUAACUUCCGAUGAUGUUUUGAAAAUUGAAGAGUCGAGCAGUGAGAAUAAGCAUAUUGUACUGUGCACUGUAGUAAAAACGGGAACACAAUUCCGUAUCCCGCUAACAUACCAAGGAGCAUUUGAAGCGUAUUGCAAACAUGAUGUUUUGAAGAUAUCAGACGUCCAUAAAUACUACGAGUUUCCUUGCGAAAUGAACGUGAGAAAGGAUGAUGCAACGGCAGAUAGCGAGCAGUGGGGACAGCUAUACAAACUGAAAGAACUCCAGGCACUGAGCCAGUUUACCAAUCAAAUUAUCAUCGCGAGUAUUCGGUACAAAAACAGAGUGAGCGUGUUGCAGCUACCUGCCGACUUGGAGGUCACAGUUCGACCAGCGAAAGGCGCACAGAAGACUGACUUGAGGGAAAAUAAGAUUUACGACGACAUUCGCCAUGCCAUCCACAAAAACACCCAAUUGGACCAGCUCAGUCAACACAACCUGAACAAAGUGCGACAGGCCAACCAAGCAGCAAUUGUCGAGAAUAUCUAUGAGUAUGUUGAAGAUAUUAAAGUGAGAAUUCGUCACCACGAAGAAAAGACACCAGGGGACAGUGCACCCGCGAGGCAAAGCGACAACGAGUACGCCGGGCUAAAAAGGGAUGCAAGUCCAAACGAGUACGCCGGGCUAACGGGUAAUAUAAAAACACGCGAGUACGCCGGGCUAACGGGUGAUGUAAGCACAGACGAGUAUACCGGGCUGGUGACCAUGGGAAAACCGUCGGAAUAUGCCGAAUGCAGGCCUGAGUUCGUCGGCAAACCUCAAACGCAACCCUUGAGUCCGACAACCACAAGUGAUUUCUCUGAAGGUAAUCUUUCGGAAAAGAAUUCUAAGAAGCCGCCCCCUCCUCCAAGACCCCCUAAAAAGAACUCCAUAGGUGGGCCAGCCCCUCCGACUUCCCCGACAGUCAAGGACGAGCCGAAAACCCGCGAGAAGCUCGAGAAUCUAACGGUGUAUGAAGUGAGCGAUUGCCUGCGGCAGCUGAACAUGGAUUGCUACGUGGAGCGCUUCCAAGAGGAGCAGAUUGAUGGCAAUAUGCUGGUGGAGCUCACUCCUGACAUCAUGGCGCAGUCCCUCGGGGUUACCAACAAACUGCAUCAGAUAAAACUGGCGAAAUUCAUCCAAGGCUGGCGCCCCAAAUAGGACUACUCAUCUUACAUUGCACUAGGCAAGAGUGUACAGGAAGGACAAACAUGGAUGCAGUAUUUUCAUCCGAUAAAACUAGUUCUUUUUUUUUAUACUCGUUUACAUUGGAGUGUUGCACAAGAAAGACAUCAUUUUAACCCAACAAAUUUCGAUAGACUAGUUCAAAGCUAGUGCCAAAAAUAGAGCUGUUAAACCACAAACUGCACGAUCUCCUGGUUUUAAUUAUAACUAUGUAUAAGAAAGUCCAGAUCUUUUUAAAAGUGUGUGCAAAUAGUUAGCAACAAGCCUUAGACUAAGGAUUCCUGAAACUUGAGGGUUGAUCCAGAUGCGUAUAAAGGUAUUUUAUACAACGCGAAAUGAUUCAAGGAGAAACAAUAUGGUGAACGGGGCUUUCUAUAAAGAAAAUAUAUAGAUCACAGUAAACGUCAUAAUUCAUGGUCCUGCUGAUAACACAGACCCAGAGACAGGUCUUUAUUUUGUAAAAGGGGUUAAGAUAUUAUGCAAAGGGUCUCAAAGGGCCUGCAAUAAAGUAAGCGGAUACGCCUU